AUGGACAUUGACAACCCACCGCUAUCAAGCCCCGGUGGCCUGUCAUCAACCCCCGCCGAAGACCGACGCAAAUCCGGUCGACAGACGCGACGACCCGAGAUCUUCUCACAGAGCACGCAUUCUGCUGAAGAUAAUGCCACCGGCGGAAAGCGCAAGCGGGGCGAAGCGCAUGAGGAUGGCGAUGAAGACGCGUCCGAGUCCGACAGUGAUGAUGCCGGCGACGAGACUGACGAGGAGGAAUUGAAAGAAAAGCGACGUGCUGCCCGUCGAACUGGUGCAAAAAAGCCCAAGUCGAAGCCCAAGGCCAAGGCAUCGCACGCUUCUAAGAAACCCAAGGUCGCGAGCAACGGAUUAGGGAGACAGCUUGCCUUCCGGCCAGCUAGCAAUGGCCGACUGCCCGCCGCUCGUUCUCGAAAGCCGAAAGUUCGACCUAGUCUGGCUGCUGGAGAGCGUGGAUUAUUCGCGGAGGUCUUUGGGAAAAGCAGCAACCCCGAUACAGUGGCCGCUCAGUGGCUUUCUCAAUACCAGCGGAACAAUGGAGAAGCUAUGCGGGAUCUCGUUAACUUCAUCUUAAGAUGUACAGGAACCGAUCUGGAGAUCGACAAUGAUGAAGUGGAAGAUAUCGACAAUGCCCCGGGCCGAAUUGAAGAUCUGCAGAACCUCUACCAGGCAGAAGGGAUCACCGAAUACCCUAUUAUCUCCAAAGCCAAGAAGUUCAGGGCGUUCCCUGUUCUUCUCGAAGAGUUCACCGUCGCACUGAUCCAAACUUUCCAUGCCUCUUCCAUCCUGUACACCGAUGAUACCCUGCUCGAAAAUAUUCAGAUCUGGAUCUCCUCUAUGUCCACAUCACAAUGCCGACCAUUCCGACAUACGGCAACUAUGAUCUCCCUCGCAAUCAUGAAUGCUCUGUGUGAUAUUGCACGCGAGGUGACGACAAGCGUAUCUACUUCCCGGAAACAACUCGAGAGUGAGAAGAAAAAGAAGAACGUGAACAAGGGUCGCGUGGAAGCCAUUCAAACUGCUGUGUCCGAGGGCGAGCAAAAGGUAGAGCGACUAGAUGAGUUCCUGCAGGACGGAUUCGAUACUGUGUUUGUCCAUCGAUAUCGAGAUAUUGACGGUCAGAUUCGCGCCGAGUGUCUGACAGCUCUUGGCGGGUGGAUCCGCACUUACCGGGAAAUGUUCUUUGAGGGCCAGUAUCUGCGAUACCUGGGAUGGACCCUUGCCGAUGUUGUUGCGCAGACCAGACUUGUUACCUUGACUGAACUUUUGAGUCUAUAUGAGAACCGAGACAACCUUGCUGGUUUGCACUCGUUCACUGAGCGCUUCCGGCAGCGAAUUGUGGAGAUUGCUGCCCAAGAUGCUGAUGUUUCCGUGCGUAUGGUUGCGGUGGAGCUGCUUAGCCACCUCCGUGAAGGAGGCCUGCUCGAGCCAAAUGAUAUUGAUGCGAUCGGCCGGCUAGUGUUUGAUCUGGAUCCCAGAAUCCGGAAAACAGCUGGACGUUUCUUUGUUUCCAAUGUUCAAGAUGCCUAUGAUGCUGCCACAGAGGAAGUGGGAGAGGAGAUCGCCGACUUACUGGCUGAUGACGAUGAAGACGAUUACGAAUCACCCAAGCAUUCAUGGAUCAAGUUCAAAUGCCUCGCCGAUCUGUUCCAGGCCUACGAUGGACAGCAAUCCGAACAAGAGUCCGAGCCAAUGUCGCGUGGCACACUGCUGGGAGUAGCUGUAGAGUCCCGCUUUGCUCUCGCGACUGAGGCUGUCUUCCCUCACAUGGAAGAGCUUGCUCAAUGGCCGUCCCUGGCUGGUUAUCUGCUUUAUGAUCACUCUCAAAUCGUCGAUGAGCCAUCUGAAGAUGACACUGCAGGAGUUGUUAAAAACAUGUACAAAAUGCAAGAGGGGCAGGAAUCUAUCCUUCUGGAGGUGCUGUGCGCCGCAGUCAAGCUUCGCGUCCUCGAUGUCGCGAAGUCUGAUAUUGAUAAGCGUGGGCGCAAGGUCAAAGCUCUGACAGCCAAAAUAUCAGAACUUCAAGAGGAGAUCUCCCAUAACCUCGCCCAGAUCAUUCCCCGGCUUCUUAACAAGUUCGGCUCCACGCCAGAAGCUGCUUCUGUUGUCUUGAGACUGGAGCACCUUGUGGACUUGGAUACAAUCCAGGAUCUCCAAAAGGAUGCUACAGCUUAUUCCUCCUUGCUCAAUGAUAUUAACAAACAAUUCUUGACUCAUUCGGACCAAGACGUUCUGGCUGAGGCCAGUGUGGCUUUCUUGCAUGCCAAGAGCUCCGAAGAGAUGCGAGAGGCAUUGGAAAGCAAGAUCCAGGAGCUAUGGGAUGACAUUGUGGAAGCACUGGCUGCUCUAUCUCGGAAGAAAGGCGUUCAGGAAGGCGGCUCGAUAUCUGAUCCAACUCUCACCGAUUUAACCAACACUGUUUCUCGAAUUUCAAACCUCGCCGGUAUCACAGAUUGCGCCGCCAUUCUUGAGACUGUACCUAACGCACGCUCGAAAUCCAAGAAGGACAUCCCGGAAGCCCCAUUCAACAUCCUCAUCCGUCUUGCCGAGCGUGGUCUGCGCAGUGAAGAUGACGACGAGGACACCGCCAAGGCAGAGAUUGAGUUGGUAUCAAGCAGUAUUCGGACAUUGCUUUUCUAUUUCAUGUGGAAGGUGCAGGCGCUCUCCACAGCUUUGAAUGACGGAAAGGCUUCAUUCAACACCUCCUACUUCGAAGCACUUACGAAGAGCCGCGAGACCUUCGCCGCCACACUGGUUGAAAUCAUGGAGAAGCGCUCCGGCCUAGAUGAUCUCCGGUUCACAGCAACCACCACGUACCUGGAUCUGCAAACCCUCUUCAGCACACUCCGCAACAUCGGUCAAGGCAACGGCAACGACGAAGACGUCCUAUUCCAAACCCAAAGCCUGGUCCAUGAAAUCAGUCCCGAUACCCAAGCACUCAUCACAAAGAUCCACGGUAUCGCCGAACGCACAUCCGCCAAGAAAGCAAGGCUCAACCUCGAGCCUGCAGACGACGAUGCCCCAGCCUCGGAAGACGAGCUCGACUCUGAAGAUGAAGACAGCGAUUCCGAAGACGAAGCAGUCACUAACGACCGUCUCCGCAACAGCAUCAUUGCCGAACAACGCUUGUGCGAGCUGACAGGCAAACUCGUCCUCGCCAUUAUCGCCCGUAUCAUCGACGCCUCCGGCUCCAAGCGCGGCGACCUGAAGAAGCGUCUCCUUCGUAAUAAGACCGCUCUCGGCCACAACUACCGCGAGGUCCUCUCUUACCUCGAGGAGCGCAAGCCUCGUCCGUCUCGCGCCAAGGGAAAGCAGCCCGCCAAGCCUACCACUUCACCUACUAAAGGCUCCAAGUCUGCUGACCACGUUGUCGAUGACGAUGAGCGCGAGCACUCAGAGCCCGUAGAAGAAGACGAAGACGAGGAUCUGCGCGCACGCGGACUCAUUGAGGAGGACAAUGAACAUGAGAACGGUGACGAGGACGAGGAGCUCACCCCCGUUCCUGAAGGAGAUGAGGAUGAGAUAAUGGGCGACUGA